AUGACUGUCGACGAAAACACUCCAGCUGCCACUUCAUACUGCAACAAGGACAUUGGUAAUUUACCAGCUCAAUUCCCAAGUUUAUCUCCAAAUAUUUUGGAUUUAUUCUUAUUAACUGGUAAAUCUGCUGUUAUCACUGGUGGUGCUCGUGGUAUUGGUUAUGUUAUUAGUGAAGCUUACUGUCAAGCAGGUUUAAAAAACUUAGCUAUUAUUGAUUACGCUGCUAAUGUUUUAAAUAUUGAAAAAUUACAAGCUCAAUUCCCUAAAACUAACAUUACUUAUAAUCAUUGUGAUGUUCGUAAAUCUGAUGAAGUUGCUAAAGUUAUUGGUGAAAUUCAUCAAAAUUUUGGUGAAAUCGAUAUUUUUGUUGCCAAUGCUGGUAUUGCUUGGACUGAUGGUCCUUUAAUUGACCAAGACAAUGAUGACCUGUGGCAUAACGUUGUUAAUGUUGAUUUAAACGGGGUUUAUUAUUGUGCUAAAAAUAUUGGUCGUAUUUUCAGAGAUCAAGGUAAAGGUUCUUUGGUUAUGACUGCUUCAAUGUCUGCUCAUAUCGUUAACGUUCCUCAAUUGCAAGCUGCUUAUAAUGCUGCCAAGGCUGGUGUUUUACACUUGGGUAAAUCCUUAGCCGUUGAAUGGGCUCCUUUUGCUAGAGUCAACACUGUUAGUCCUGGUUAUAUUGCAACCGAAUUAUCAGACUUUAUCCCUGAAGAUCAAAAGAACAAAUGGUAUUCCAUCACUCCUAAAGGUCGUCAAGGUUUACCAAGAGAAUUAUGUGGUGCUUACUUGUACUUAGCCUCCGACGCUGCUACUUUUGUCACUGGGGCUGACUUGAGAGUCGAUGGUGGUUACUGUGCCGUCUAA